CCAGCCACUUGAUCACUUUUUAGCAUUGUCAAGAGUCUGGUGGAACAAGAUCAUUCCUCUACAGGAGGAUUACUUCCAGUUUCAGGACCAUCAAAUAUAAAGACUACAAGACACAUGGAAGGAAGGAAGGAACUGCUUCAAAAAUUCAGUCAUCUUUACUGGCUUUGAAAAUGAAUAACUUAUAGAUGCGAAAAAGAAGGAAUGGCAUCUGUACAGUUCAACUGGACCAAGAUUGGUAGAAGAGUGUUCACAUUUGUGAAAUACGGCUGUUUUCUCCACUGUGUAACAGAGUAUGUGGGAACAUUAGCAGUAUGUUCAGGGGUUUCUAUGGAGCCUACAAUAUAUUCUGGAGAUAUUAUCUUGGCUGACCGUUUAACCAUUGCACAACGCAAGUUAGAAAAUGGUGAGAUUGUGCUGUGCAAAUCUCCAGAAGACCCAUUUAUGUAUGUCUGUAAGCGUGUUAAAGGUAUGGAGGGUGAAAGAAUCUUGAACAAAGGAAUAUAUAUCAAAAUUCCAAAGGGUCAUGUAUGGCUUGAAGGAGACAACAAAUCAAAGUCCCAUGACUCACGUAACUUCGGCCCAGUACCCUAUGCCUUGGUGUAUACCAGGGCAUUUUACAGGGUAUGGCCACCUAAUAAGAUAGGUCAUUUGCCCAAAGAAUCAAGAUACGGUUGAUAUCACCUUUUGAACCAGUCAUACAAACUACCUCCAAGGGUUGAAUACAAUGACCACAAGAUGACCAAACUCUUAAGUGGUGGCUUCCUCAAGCUACAUGUCAGCUGGUGAUGAAAGUGGAUCAAACCACUAUAGAGAGGAAAAUGAAGUCGUUGCUUUAAGCUUUAAACUUCCAACAAUUUCUGAGUUGUGAGUGAAUCAGUCAAUUUUAUGUGGAAGGGAGUUUACUGACAGUAGUGAGUGAAUCAAUCAAUUUUAUAGAGUAAGGGAACCAAAUAUUCUUGAUUUUCAUUAAUUUUUUGUUUCUUUUUGAUACAUGUUCUCAAAAUUGAUAUUGUCAGAAAACUGUUUACAUUGUUUUCACUUGAA